UGCAAAAAUGUUGUCAGUAUUCUACUUUAUUUGAGAGUCUAGUACUUUAUUCAUUCUGUAGACGUCCUCAACAACAUCAAAAAAUGGAAAAGAAGUAGUUUAAAUGAAGGCAACAAAUAAUGGUGCAUGCUCUGCAUCAAAAGUCUAGUAGGGCAGACUAAAACGAUUAUGACAGAAAGUAGUGAAGAAAUGAAAACAUGACAGAAAAAAGUCAGGUAAGAGCAAAACAUGACUCGUUUUCAAGAUACAAGCUGCAAGCUCAGUGGAGCUACACAAAGCAUCAUUUAAAAAAGAGUGGAUGAUGGUAGCAACAUAUAUAUCCAAAUAUAUCAAACAUGUAUACGCAGGACACGUACAAACACACAUUCGUAGACAAAUGUGACAAUGUUGAGUACUAUAUAGCUUAAUUGUAUAGCUCAGUGUUUGAUUCGUUGAAGAAGAUUGUUUCUUGGAUUUACCAGUUUUAAAUGUUUUUGUAUGCAUUUGCAGGCAUCCGUCCACAGCCUCAUUUUCCCAUUUCUGCACAUGGGGUGGGGGUGUCAUUUCAAAACUGACAAUCAUAGAGCCAAGGGUUUACACCGUCGGGUAGCUAGCCCUGCAGGUGAUGUAUACGCACGCAUAUAUUUAAUGUUUUCUUUUAGGCGAGAAUGGCAUGAAAUAUAUCUCUAUAGUUUAGGACACAUUAGAACAAAGGAUAAAUAAGCAUACGAACAUAAUAAGUACGUAAGCUGGUUUUAAGUUCCUGCGCAAAAUACAGACACAGUGUACAAAUCUAUCUACUGUAAAAUUUCCCUACACAAUUACACACUGAAAAGUCUGUCACACAGUUGGUGUUUAGAAUUUUUUAACUGAUAUCCACAGCAAUUAAAAACGCAUACUAUUAAAUAAUCAAAAAAAUACUUUCUAUAAGUAGAAAUUAACAGUUUUUAGCCAUCCUCUGUGAUUCCUAGUUGAAGUCGUUAGUAAACAUUUGGUAAGUGUUCCACAUUUGGGGGAUGAAAGGUCGAGAUGUGUGUGUAUCCUUUAUAGUCAAUAAAUCAGUAAGUUUUCUAAACUGUAUCCUUUGUAUUUAAAAGAGAAACAAAUCCUUCACAGCUCGCAAGUGUAUAGCAGUACUGCACGCCCAGUUGUUUGCUUCAUUUCAUUAAUUAAAAAGUCACAAUGACAUAUCAUUGGAGAAGAGAGGACACCUAUGGCAUAAUUAAGCAUAUUCUCCACCUACGAGAGACUUUCCCUCCUUCGCGCUCACUUCAGAAAGGUUGUUUGAACUUUGAUACCGUUCAAGAUUGACGUAGCUGCAGGAUAUUUCCCUUCCUUAUGCGACAUGAUAGGACGAUCAACAGGUCAGAGAAACCUUGCAGUCGUGGGCCCACUUGCAACACCAUUGCAGAAACACAAUAAGUGCAGGUCAUUUUUAGAGAAAACAAAUAGCAUCAUCAGUACUGUUUAACUACAAAUCCCAUGCUCCAGUGCGGUGCCCGCAGGAAGGACGUCUGCACAGUAAUAUACUCUGUGUUCCAAGUUUGGAGCGUUCGGCUGCCAGCCCUGGCCCAUCAUGUAGGUGCAGUUGAGCCUUUCAACCAUUGCAAUUGCAAAAUCUGAGUUUCUGGCGUGUUUUGCAAGGUGUGCAAUUUCACGCGUGCUGACUGAAAGGUGGUCUGCUGCAAGAGGCAAGAAAAAGAAGACUUGCAUGAGGAUUGUGGACCUUUCCUUUGCAUAUUUAUUGCAAAACUAGCUACAGAACAGAAAAGGCAAAGUCUUUUGUGCGCCCCUCCCCCAUCAAAGCUAAGGGGAAAAUGUCUGUACCAAGAGGAGGCAAGAAAAAGAAGACAAACCUGAAACUUUCCAAGGAAGUCUUUGAUCAGCCACAACAAAGCCCUACCAGCCCACCAAGAGAUUUGGACUCCAAGGCCUGUAUCAACAUCGGUGGUCAGAAUUUUGAAGUGAAAGCAGAUGACCUAGAACCCAUUACAGAACUUGGUCGAGGUGCUUACGGAGUGGUGGAAAAAAUGAAGCAUACCCCCAGCGGGCAGAUCAUGGCGGUGAAACGAAUAAGAGCAACUGUGAACAGUCAAGAACAGAAGAGGUUACUUAUGGAUCUGGACAUCUCCAUGAGAACUGUCGACUGUCCGUUUACUGUUACUUUCUAUGGAGCAUUAUUUAGAGAGGGAGAUGUCUGGAUCUGUAUGGAACUAAUGGACACAUCACUGGACAAGUUCUAUAAGCAUGUGAUAGACAGAGGAAUGACCAUCCCUGAAGAUAUCUUAGGAAAAAUAGCUGUUUCUAUUGUAAAAGCUUUAGAGCACCUAUACAGAAAAUUGUCGGUUAUCCAUAGAGAUGUGAAACCAUCAAAUGUAUUGAUAAAUGUGCAGGGUCAAGUUAAGAUGUGUGAUUUUGGCAUCAGUGGGUACUUAGUGGACUCUGUUGCAAAAACGAUGGAUGCUGGAUGCAAACCUUAUAUGGCGCCUGAAAGGAUAAAUCCUGAUAUGAACCAAAAAGGCUACAGUGUAAAGUCAGAUAUCUGGAGUUUGGGAAUCACAAUGAUCGAGUUAGCGAUCCUGAGGUUUCCAUAUGAUUCCUGGGGGACGCCUUUUCAGCAGCUUAAGCAGGUAGUAGAGGAGCCAUCACCCCAACUUCCGGCAGACAGGUUCUCACCAGAAUUUGUUGAUUUUACCUCACAGUGUUUGAGGAAGAAUCACAAAGAACGGCCAACCUAUGCAGAGCUUAUGGAGCUUCCAUUUUUUACCUUGCAUGAAUCCAAAGAGACUGAUGUGGCAGCAUAUGUAAAACUUAUCUUGGGGGACUGAAAGGAAUUUGUCGGUCUGCUGUCUCUCCUAGUUUGACAAUGAAUCUGAAGGAAAGGGCGGAGCUCCUUCACUGAAGCACCAAUAAUGACUCAAUGAUGAGAUGACGAGACAGGGCCAUGCAUUCACCCUGUCCUUUAGAAAUGCUUAACGGGUUCUUUGGAAGCCUUAGAACACAGGGAAAAAAGAAGCAUCUAGCUGCAUGAAAUCUAGCUAUAAGGUUUAUAUUCUAAAUUAAAAACAGUAGUAUUUAAAGAAUGAUUAACCCUUUCCAAAGGCCUCUUAUCCCUCUGGCAUUAUUUUCAUUAUGCUAACUAGGUGCUGAGAGAGUGAUGAAGUUUUGUGUAGAUUUUUGUUUGUUUUUCAAUAAUUUUAAUAUUUAUAUUGAGCUUAAUUGAAUAGGAUUUGUUUUAUAUGACAAAGAAAGUGUGACAAGUGCGGCUGUGGCAACAGUAUUUAUAGGGCUUUGCUGGUGAAUGGGUUUAUCUUAAUAAAAUGUAUUUAAAUGUGCAUCAUUAAGAAUGUUAAUACAGAUCUCUGUGAUGUGCAAACGUCAGCCUCUGCUGUUUGGGUGAGGCUACAGGAGUAUUGUAAUUAGCUUAUGAAGCUGGGGUUUUACUAAUAAGGCUUUUUUGUCAGUGCAUUUUCUGCAUUCACAAAGCUUGACACUACCACUGGUUUUAUGUUUUAUUAAAAACUUGACAUGUGGGUUGGGAAUGUCAGAGGAUUCUCGCUUCAUCUUUGCCAUUGCCACAUAUUUUUCAUGUUUCCCCUACUUAUUAUGCUUUUUACAGUGCUGACAAUUCAGCUCACCCUUUUUGUCCUUUUUUUAGUCCAGUUCAGUUAUCCCAUGGUCACCAGAACUCUCCUUCUGUUACCCCAGAGUUUGUACAUUAUGUUUGCCCCCUGUAGUGGGACUGGAAGAGAAUCUCACUUUUAAAACAGGAAACAUGUUGCUUGCUUUCAUGUCAGUAGGCCCAAUCAGCUUGCAGGAGUGAGGUGAAAAAAGAAAUAAAAAAUUGUGUAGCUGAGGACAUUUCUGUACUUCAUCCUAACAAUGGAAAUCUGUGGCAAGGUGCUUGUGAUCGCUCAGCCCCUGUACAACAGUGUCAACCAAUAUUCGCCCACAGUCUGAGUCUGGCACUGACUUGCUUCUAGUUUUCUAGGUGGUGGUGGUUUACUACUAGAGGAACUUUCCCCUCCCGAAGACAUGAAGACACUCAUCGGAUUAAUUUGCUUUUAGUUGACUAAUAGUUAAUUAAGUCAAGUUUUGCCUCUGUCAUCUUUGUUGGAGCCAAUAGCUGUGGUGAAAUUCAGUAGCUAUAUCAUCUCCACCCACAUAUAAGCUACAUAUUUGACAGCUGUAAUCACGGGCAGUUUUAUUAUAAAAAGAAAAAAAAAAUCUGAAUUAAUUUUACUUAACUUGAUCAAUUUCAAGUUCAAAUAUGCUUACUUAUUGCAUUUGUUGCAAUAAUCCAAAGUGGAAAAUUGUGUUGUUAGUUUUUACCAUUAUUUUAGAUCUUUCUGUAUUUCAGUGUACUGCCAAGAGUGACUAAACAUUGUUUCAGUUAUCAGUAAAGUGAGCUCAUGUUAUGUAAAACACUUUAUAAGACUUACCUCAUUUGUUUUCUGUUGUUGAACCUGUAUCUCCUUCACCUGUUUCAACUGUAUUUUUUCAGGUUGCUUUUUUAGAUGUUUGUAUAUGCUUUAGUGUUUUGUUUGUACUUUGUCUUUUGUCCUUGUGGUGCACUUGGCCUUCAGUAUAGCAUGUUCUCCUGCGAGACAUGGUGAAAUCUUAGCAGCAGCAGUUCUUCAAGUCAUCACCCAAUGUAUACUUCAACUGAUUUUCCUUGUCUUUAAAGGAUGGAUGUGUGCUUCUGUAUGUAUGUAUGUAUGUAUGUAUGUGUGUGUGUGGGGAGGUUCAACAAAGUAUGCCAAGGCUGCCAGGAAUGUUGGUCAGCAGUACUGGUUCGAGGUGGUUAGAUGUUUCAUGAUUUUUUUUUUUGUUUAUGCUUUAAUACUUUCUUGCCUUAUAGCCAGAUGUUACUUGUGACGUAUUCUCAUGUGUGCAUUGACUCAAAACAUGUACAUUCACUUGCAUUUUCACUGCUUGGAUUCCCUGUUUGAUGGUAGUGUACUCUACUACACCGUGCCUUUGACCUGACGCUACUGGGCAGCCUCAUUUAAAUAGUUUUCAGUAAUGCUCUUUUUUUUGGACAUCUCUUGAGUUUUUUGGACAUCUCUGAGCACCCAUUUUCAGUAUUUGUGAUAGUGAACUUUGCUGAAGGACUGAUUCAGUUUGUAUUUUGAAAGCCAUUCUGUUACCAUUUAGAAUGGCACAGACUUAAACAAAGUCAGGGUACCUUAACUUUGGCCAUUGUGGGAUAGUGUGAAUGUCUUUUGUGCUCCAUUUCCAAGAACUGCUUGUAAUAAUCAGGGGAUUUAUUAAAAAAAGAAAAGCAAGAAGGCAUAUACCCUUUGACUUGGUUAGAAUCAGGGAGCAUGCUGAGCUAAUUUUAACAUAUUUAAAAGAUCCUGUGCACCACGCGAGGAAACAGUUACCUCUUAUUUGUUGUCCUUUUGUUGAAAAGAGUGAGAUCUGUCCAGUACGUUUUUAUGCUGCUUGGUGCUUAACCAUCUGUAGGAGAAAGCUGAGGCUGCUAUGAUGUUGAAACUCUCCUGAUAUACUGAGUGGGGAAAAUGUGAGAUAAGCAGGAAUACCCAUGCAUUUUCAAAUGAAAGUAUGGUUAACUGUGUUUAUUUUGUUUUGUAAAUCCUGUUUUAUUAAAACUUACUUUAAAGAACAGGAAAACAUUACAAUGGCUGCAGAAUUGCUAGAGUACAGAGCAGCAGUGCUUGCAAACAGUGAGUACAAAUAAACUGUCAUUUCAUAGUUUCA